AUGGCCAAGCGUGUUCUCUUCGUUUUCAGCUCCGCUGCUGAGACCUUCACGGGUCACCCCGCGGGAUGGUACCUCCCAGAAGCCGCACACCCCUACUACGUGCUUUCGCCCAAGUACGAGAUCGACUUCGCCUCCCCCAAGGGCCCCAACCCGCCCGUCAACCCGCAGUCUAUCGAGCUCUUCUCCGCCGACAAGACCUUCCUCGAGGACCCCGCGGUGCAGGCGAAGCUCGCGGGGUGCAAGACCCUCGCGUCCGUCGACGCCGCCGACUACGCCGCCGUCUUCUACGUCGGCGGGCACGGGCCCGUGAUCGACCUCGCGACCGACCCGGCGAACGCGGCGCUCGCGAGCGCGUUCUUCCGCGCGGGGAAGCCGACGAGCGCGGUGUGCCACGGCCCGGGCGCGCUCGUCGGCGCGACGGACGCGGCGGGCGCGAGCGUCUUCAAAGGCCGGCGGGUGACGGGGCUGUCGAACCGCGAGGAGGAGGCGCUGGACGCGGUGAAGCACGUUCCGUUCCUGCUCGAGGAUAGGAUGAAGGAGCUCGGGGGCGUGUACGAGUGCGCGGAGCUGUUCGGGGUUUGCGUCGUCGUCGACGGGAACUUGAUCACGGGCCAGAACCCGGCGUCGGGGAAGGGCGUCGGUGAGGCUCUGGACAAGCUGCUCUCCGCGAGCGCGUGA